GUUAGUCCGGCGCGACGGUCGCGAGCGCGCGAGGAUCCCCGUGCCGUGUCGCGCGCCGGUGGGCAGCAGCUGCAGCAGUCGCGUAGGCGCAGUCGCCGCCGUGUGAGGAAGCCAUGAAGCACUAUGAGGUGGAGAUCCUGGACGCCAAGACCAGGGAGAAGCUGUGUUUCCUGGAUAAGGUGGAGCCCCAGGCUACCAUCGCGGAAAUCAAGAACCUCUUCACCAAGACCCACCCGCAGUGGUACCCCGCCCGCCAGUCCCUCCGCCUGGACCCCAAGGGCAAGUCCCUGAAGGACGAGGAUGUGCUGCAGAAGCUGCCCGUGGGCACCACGGCCACGCUGUACUUCCGCGACCUGGGCGCGCAGAUCAGCUGGGUGACGGUCUUCCUGACAGAGUACGCGGGGCCGCUCUUCAUCUACCUGCUCUUCUACUUCCGCGUGCCCUUCAUCUAUGGCCACAAAUACGACUUCACGUCCAGCCGGCACACGGUGGUGCACCUCGCCUGCAUCUGCCACUCAUUCCACUACGUCAAGCGCCUGCUGGAGACGCUCUUCGUGCACCGCUUCUCGCACGGCACCAUGCCGUUGCGCAACAUCUUCAAGAACUGCACCUACUACUGGGGCUUCGCCGCGUGGAUGGCCUACUACAUCAACCACCCCCUCUACACGCCCCCCACCUACGGAGCUCAGCAGGUCAAGCUGGCGCUGGCCAUCUUUGUGAUCUGCCAGCUUGGCAACUUCUCCAUCCACAUGGCCCUGCGGGACCUGCGGCCGGCCGGGUCCAAGACCAGGAAGAUCCCGUACCCCACCAAGAACCCCUUCACGUGGCUCUUCCUGCUGGUGUCCUGUCCCAACUACACCUACGAGGUCGGCUCCUGGAUCGGCUUCGCCAUCAUGACCCAGUGUCUCCCAGUGGCCCUCUUCUCCCUGGUGGGCUUCACCCAGAUGACCAUCUGGGCCAAGGGCAAGCACCGCAGCUACCUGAAGGAGUUCCGCGACUACCCGCCUCUGCGCAUGCCCAUCAUCCCCUUCCUGCUCUGAGUGCGCCCCUGCCCGCCGCGGCGCGCCCCCCCAAUAAAACCUGCGGGACUUGG